AAAGUUCUAUUCUAUUAGUAUCGGUUAGUAGACCCAGAUAAUAAUAUUGUUACGCAUUCUCACUUCUCUGUCAGUUUUCACUGUUUAGUAGAAAAAUAAAUAGUGUUUUAUUAACUAAAAUGUUAAGCUCGAUCAGGACACCUACGUUGAUUCGAGUAUUUUUUGGCGGUCAGCGUCUACAUACAUCAGUAGCACGACUAGAAGGACAGAAAAACGAAAAAACCAUCAAUCAAGUGACACUUUUGGGAAGAGUUGGUGCAGAUCCUCAAAAACGUGGUUCUGAAGAACAUCCUGUAAUAAAUUUUCCUCUUGCAACACAUUACAGCUACAAAUAUGAAUCUGGUGAUAUACUGCAAAGAACAGAUUGGCAUAGAGUGAGUAUAUUCAAACCUGGGUUACGAGACACUGUCUAUAAAUAUUUAAAGAAAGGUCAAAGAAUUUAUGUAACUGGAAAAUUAUCUUAUGGAGAAGUAAAAUUGGAUGACGGGCAAGUGAGAACAGCCUCAACUGUUAUUGCUGAUGAUGUUAUAUUUUUUCAAAGCACACCUUAUGAAUCUGAACAAUAAAGGCCAUAAUAUCAUUUGCAAUGAAAUGUCAUUGCAAGAGAUUUGCAAAACAAGCAUUUAGUGA